AGGCCCGAACAAUGAUCGACCAAACGCAGCACCACACCUAUGGCGACUGUGGCGACUGCUAUCACCGCCUACAAGGCUGCUGCUACUCUUUCCGAUCUGAUUCGCAAGGCCAUCGGAUACAUGCAUCAAAUCCGAAAUGCAAGGGAAACCGGUGAGGCUCUACUGCGCAAGCUGCAGUCGAUGGAGAGCCAUCUGGAUAAACUUCUGAAUCUGUACGACAAAAGCACGAAGAGUCGAGCAGCUCCUGAGGACGAGAGGGUGCUGGAGCAGCUGUUAGGAUCGUGGUUACGCCAGCCACUCGAGGAUCAUAUUCACAGCAUGGAGGAUCUCCUUCCCCAAUUAUCCGGCCCCGAGCAGAAGAAGAAGCCCAUGCUGAAGCGCAUCAUGCAAAUUCCCAAGCGCACUAUACAUAAUGUCAAGGCAGUUCGGACUGAGAAAACGGUGCAAGAGUACGCGAGCAAAUUGGACCAGUUUCUGGAUCUACUAAAUCGGAACGUAAUCGUUGAUAUAAGGGAUACGCAGCUUACAGCUGUCAUAGAAGGCAAACGAAAGGAAAUCAUCGCAUGGCUUUCUCCUGCCCCUUAUCAAGUAUCCUAUGAACGUUUCAUCAAAGUGCGACAGCAAGGCACCAACUCCUGGCUCUUCGACAAUGCUGCUUACAAACACUGGGAACAAUCGGCGUCUGCGUUUCUAUCUUUGUUUGGCAAAGCCGGAAGCGGCAAAACAAUAUUAGCAUCGUCGGUAAUCAAGAGCCUUCACGACAAACGUGACACGAAGCGCGCAAUCAUUGCAUAUCAUUUUUGCCGCUUCGAUGACCCAAAAAGUACUGAACCUGCCACAGUCAUGCGGACGCUCUUGUCUCAGAUCAUCGGUGCUCUUCACGGUAUCCAGCUCCCCGAAAGCGACUUCGCUGACCUUAUCGAGCGAAUGGAUAACUCGCAACCACCCCCUCAGGAAAUCGCGGACUUGUGCAAUCUUCUUAAGAAAGCUGUGGAUCUGAAAUCGUGCCCGGUCUUCAUGAUCGUGGAUGGGCUGGAUGAACUCUCCGAGCGGGAGCAAGUGCUAGAACUUUUGCGGUGUCUACCGAAACUGGUUCGUACUUCAUCCCUAGUUCGGGUUUUGGUUACAAGUCGGCCGGAGGACCACAUCAAACUCGAACUUCGUAUGCAUCCCGCUAUUGAUCUCUCCGAUGAAAGAAAGGCCAUCAACAACGAUAUUGGACGAUAUAUUGACCAGGAGAUGAACUCGGGUGAUCAAAAACUGCGCGACCUUCCACCCGAGUUCAAGCAAGAAGUAAUACAGAAGUUAACAUCGGGUGCGGAUGGAAUGUUCUUCUGGGUCCGGUGUCAGCUGGACAGUCUUGCAGAGCAAGCGAACGUGGCGGGGAUGAAACACGUUCUCCAGAACUUGCCGCAUGGCCUGAAAGAGACGUACAUGCGUAUCGUCUCCGGUAUCGAUGAUCGGGGAAAACACGUUGUUGAGCUCGCCGAGCGAAUUCUUAGCCUCCUUGUUGCUGCGACAGGACCGGUGCAUAUAGACGAAAUCUGUGAUGCAAUGAAGAUCUCGCUAAGCACACGCACAAUCAAUGAAGAGGAUGGAUUAUGUCGGCCCGAGGAGGUACGCAGGAUCUGCAAAAGUCUCAUCGACUACAAUGAAAAAACGCGAGAGGUAUCUCUGGCUCACUUCUCCGUACGGGAGUUCCUGCUUGAACACAGACAAGAAACGUCAUUGAAGAUCUUCCACAUUCCCCUCGACGACCCUCUCUUGCACGUUACAAAACUUGCACUCAGUUAUAUAUCUAUUAUUGUGUUGCAGUCACCAAAUACGCUGCUGAACUGCGAUGAACACUCCUUUUGCAAUUAUAUCGCGUUCAACAUGGGUUCCUUCUUGCACCGCCUUUUACCGAGUGAUACGACGGAUGAUCUCCAUGAUCUGGAGAACGUCCUGAACACUUGCGCACCUACACUCUUGCAGUGGUUGCGGUCUUGGCAUAGAAUUGGAUCCCGAUCGUUUAUCCACCGACUUCUUCGUUCUUUAGUCAGACUGCCGUCACCGUCAAGUUUAUCGCUUUGCGGUGUUGUUUUCCCUUCCACACCGCUCUUUAAUGCGAUUUACUUCAAUAAUCUGGCCUUGGCGGAUCUGUUGCUGCAUUGCGGCGCUGAUAUCGACAUGUCCGUGGCAGUGGAAUAUGAACGCGGCGCUGAUAUCGACAUGUCCGUGAUAAUAGCGAUCAUCAAAAAAUUUGAACGCACGGAUUGGUUCUUCAACGGCUCGCGCUGCUCUGCGAUGUGGGUUGCCAUCGGGCAGGCUGAUUACAAAGCAUUCAAGUUCUUGCUCUCGCAUGGAGCGUGCCUGCAGCUAAAGGACGGCUUGAUGGGUGACCAUGCAAUUCUGUGGGCCGCGUACAACGGCCAAGAGAAUAUGAUACGAGUCAUGUUAUCCAAAGGAGAAGGCGUCGAUGUUCGUGCUGUUGAUGGAAGUACGGCGCUGCACUGCGCUGCAUUGUCAGGUUCGCUUGACGUGGUUCGAUACCUCGUCGAGGCGGGAUGUGAUGUCAACGCACGCAAUCAUCGUGGACAUACGCCGAUCCAGAUUGAGGACGUUCCCAUUCACCAGAAGAUCACCAAUUUCCUGGUGGAAAAUGGCGCUAUUCCGGCGGAAUACGUUCCUACAACCUGUAUGGACGUACUGAAGACGGCCUGGACGCUACAGCACUCGAUCUCACACCCACUACCGUUGCCUUUGGUACGACGUAUCUUGAAUUUCGCCGGAUAUUGGGUCAGACAACGCUCCUCGUUGACGUCCAGUCCAGACUUUUCUGGGGGUAAUCCAGGCAUAAAAGCAAAGAUUUCGGGGAUGCCCGAAAGGCCUUUACGCAAAGUGGUCUUUGCAAUUACGUCACGCAUUAAUGAUCGGCCUCCUGCGUCGAAGAGAUCUGUGCGCGUCGUCUACCCUUACCUCGAGGUUGUCUGCGAGAGCGAUGAACCCGAGUCAGGGUGGAGGAAGACGAUCGAACUAAGUCUACGACGCUACGAUCUAGCGCCAUUGCACGUGAUCAUCUGGGACGUGGCUGACGACGGAGACUGGAUAGCAAUGUCCAAGGCAGGAGAUGAGCUAAAGAUACGUGCGUCUGUGGAAGAUAUUAGUUUUUUGCCUUCAGAUCGCAAGACAUAUCUCGGUUUAAGUCUUUCAGUCGAUAUAUUCUCUGCCUGUGUCUAGAAUCAUUGUGCUAUUGAUAAUACUUUGCAGCAAUGUAUCGGAGUAAGACGUGC